AUGACAUUCCUCAUCGUCCCCUUCGCCGUUCUGGCUCUCAAUAUCAUCUCAACCCUCGCUCUACCCAUCCAAGCCUCGCUUGAGAUCGUCGUCAUCGCACGCGGAUGCCGUUGUGCUCGCGCGGUCCUCGAAGCUGAUGCACCCAACUCGUUGACACCGCAGAAGAUAACGAAGGGCACUAUUGUCGGCGCUGUCCUCGCUGCACUGUUAUUCAUCUUCGUUAUCCUUGCCAUGACCAUGCUGUGGAACCGAGGGUGGCGCGAUAACAUUUCUGUCGCCACCCAAAGGAUUUCCUUGGUGGCCCAAGGCAUCAGGACCAGGUACAACAACGUUGUGGACAAGAUGCGAGCCAGUCUAGCCAGACCUCCGUCCACGCGUCGUUCAACCACAUCGUCUCCUGCCCAUCAUCCCUCGAGGUCAUACAUGUCGCGUAGCCGCUCUCCGAUGGCACAAUUUCUUCCAGGCACUCGCUCCGUCAGCGUUCAGAGCGAUACUUUGUCGAUUGCUGGACUGUUGUCCGGGCCAGGGCCUGCUGGAGAGAUUGGGCGAUCUGAGCGCGAUAGCGUCGUUGAGGGCCCCGCGUCGUCGUCUGUUGGCGACUUGGGCUUGCAGGUCAUCGUGACUGCAUGA